AUGUCUAACAAAACUUGGAGAGAGAGAAAAAAGAGAACUACAUUGUCUGUUCAAUUUCUAUUUCAUGUUCCUCUGUUGGCAACAUUGUCUGAUGACUGGCUUGAAUCGUAUCAAGAUCGCGAAAGACGGUGGGGAAUAUAUCGACUUUCGUUUUCAUCCGGAUGCCAGCGCAGGACGACAGUUUCUGGAAGCAAGAUUCCGCCUAUUUCCGACGAAAACCUACAGGAUAUGUCACCGGAAUACUGCUUCCAUGAAAUCUCCGGAAAGUCCUGGAACCGGGCGGUUCCGGACCGGAUUGUUGAACCUGGGAGUGUCGGUGACAUCGAAUCCACUUUACGAAACACACUCAACAUUCCCGACGAUGCAAAAUUCUCAAUCGUUUAUCGGGAGCAAAGCAGUGGUCGAGAUGUUCACAUCAUGGGUAGUGGACCAAUGUUCCGUGAGUGCCUUGAAGAAAACAUCACGAAGUUGGAUAUUCGCAUUACUUCAAAAACACCAGUAAUAGCGCCAACACCAUCGUCGGGCAGUAAUAAUGAUAAAGCCAAUGAUCCUGUACAACAAUGGCCGGAUUUAAUGAAUGGUAUCGAUCGUCGGAUUCAACGUUGGACAAAUCGUUCAGAUAACACAUUGGAUAAAAAUAUUAAUACCAGCUCUGAGCAGUUGCUAGAAACAAAUUCCAUUUCUUGUUCUUCUUCUUCUUGGUUUCUUGGUCGAGCUGGCAGAUCAUAUUCAUAUUGCUUCUCUACGUGGCCAAUGCAUUCAUCAGUUUUGCCUUUGAUAUUUGGUCCGGCAAGAUUGUUGCCAAUACCCAGGACGAUCGUUCCUGGAAGCAGUAUUCCGCUUAGUUCCCGUGAAAACCCGCAGGAUAUUUAUAGUAUCCGCGCUGGAAACCACGAGAAAAUACUCGGAAUCCCACUGAAGGAACCGGUAACCGUAUCCGACUAA